AUGCAGGUGAAGGAUGGAGGUGACAUCAGAGAAUGCUGGGAUAGAGAGAAAUCCCUGGAAAGAUAUUACCUUUCCACCAUGUACACGUUGGAGUUCAUAUUUGGCAUCAUUGGCAACAGCAUUGUUGUUUUUGGGUACAUCUUCUGCCUCAAAACCUGGAGAAGCGGCAACAUCUACCUGUUCAACUUGUCGCUGUCGGAUUUUUCAUUCCUUUGCACACUCCCGUUGCUGGUGUCAAGUUACUCUCAAGGGAAUUGGUCCUAUGGGAAAGACUGGUGUCAAGCCAACAGGUUUCUGCUGCACGUCAACUUAUAUACAAGCAUCCUCUUCCUGACUGUUAUCAGCAUGGACAGAUACCUGCUCAUGAAGUAUCCCUUCAGAAAUCACUUUCUGCAGAAGAAAAGCACGGCUAUUGUUUUAUCAAUCGCCAUAUGGGUCGUGGUCACAUUGGAACUGACGCCCAUGUUCACUUUCCUCAACGACCAGAAAAAUAAUAGCAAUGGUAGCCUGUGUGUGGAUUAUGCAAGCUCCGGAGUUGCAAAAGACAGCCUAAUCUAUAGUAUGAUAUUGACAGUGACUGGCUUCAUAAUCCCAUUGUGCGCCAUGUGCUAUUUUUACAGGAAAACACAUGCCUUCAUCAAAAGCCGCAGCGCAGAGCUCACUGCUGCCCUGACUCUAGAGAAACCUCUCACCUUGAUCGUCAUGGCUGUGGCCAUCUUUUCUCUGCUCUUUAUUCCCUAUCACAUCAUGCGCAAUGUUAGGAUCGCCUCCCGGAUGCAGUCCUGGAAGCGUCCCUCGUGCAGCAAGGACCUUAUCAGUAUGAUUUAUACUGUUACAAGGCCCAUUGCCUUUUUGAACAGUGUAAUUAACCCCAUCUUUUACUUCUUAAUGGGGGAUCACUUUAGGGAGAUGCUGGUGAGUAACGCAAGGUAUCUCUUUAAAAGGGUCACGCCUUGGUACAAAUGAUGCUAAAUGCACUUCUUGGACUGAUGGGAACUGCGUGGAAGGCUGGAGAGCUUUGGCUCACUGGUGCACAACAUUUGAUGAUUGCUUGGGAUUCGGAUGCUAUGCAACGGUCUAUCCCCCUUAAAGCGCUUGAGUCCAAGUGCCUGUGCAAAGCUGCACUCAGAUUAAACUGAGAAGAGGAAUGAAGCCCCACACCACUGACCUUGCCCCUGCCUGGAUAGCUCAGUUGGUUAGAGCAUGGUGAUGAUGACACCAAGGUUGCAGGUUUGAUCCCCAUAUGGGGCAGCUGCAUAUUCCUACAUCACAGGCAGUUGGACUUGAUAUCCUCAGGGACCCUUCCAA